GUACUUCCCAUUAUCCAUUAUUGCUAUGGUCUCCAACACUUGAUUUUUGAAAAUCAAUCAUCCUGGACCAGGAGAGAAUUUGAGAAUCAAGAACCAAAAUCCAACCAUGGCCCGGGAACAACUACAAGUGCUUAAUGCACUUGACGUCGCCAAAACGCAGCUCUACCAUUUCACGGCCAUCGUCAUAGCCGGAAUGGGCUUUUUCACCGACGCCUACGAUCUCUUCAGUAUUUCCCUAGUCUCUAAGCUAUUGGGGCGAAUCUACUACACCAAGCCCGGCGCCCUCAAGCCCGGUACUCUACCCCCGAGCGUCUCCUCCUCUGUCACCGGCGUUGCCCUCGUCGGAACCCUUGCUGGACAGCUCUUCUUCGGGUGGCUCGGCGACAAAAUGGGCAGGAAGAAGGUUUACGGGAUCACCCUUCUCCUCAUGAUCGUCUGCUCAAUCGCUUCCGGACUUUCCUUUGGGAGCACACCAAAAGGCGUCCUUGCAACCCUCUGCUUCUUCAGAUUUUGGCUCGGGUUUGGCAUCGGCGGAGACUACCCUCUCUCCGCCACGAUCAUGUCCGAAUACGCCAACAAAAAGACCCGUGGUGCGUUUAUCGCGGCGGUUUUCGCCAUGCAGGGGUUCGGGAUCUUGUUUAGUGGGAUUCUUUCCCUGAUUGUGGCAGCUGGAUUUGAUCACAGGUACAAGGCCCCGACGUUUGAGGAAAAUCCGGCGGCCUCCACCGUGCCGCAAGCUGAUUACAUCUGGCGUAUUAUUUUGAUGUUCGGCGCACUUCCAGCGGCGCUUACUUUCUACUGGCGGAUGAAGAUGCCGGAAACUGCCCGUUACACGGCCCUGGUUGCAAAGAAUGCUAAACAGGCGGCCGAAGACAUGGCCAAAGUUUUGAACGUGGAGCUGCAAGCCGAAGAAGAAAAACUGGAGAGAUUAGCACGACGUAAAUCUAACAGCUUCGGGUUAUUUUCCAGGGAAUUCGUGAGACGCCAUGGCCUGCAUUUGUUCGGAACCACCUCCACCUGGUUUCUUCUAGACAUUGCUUUUUACAGCCAGAAUCUCUUCCAGAAAGACGUGUUCACCGCCAUCGGAUGGAUCCCUCCUCCCAAAACAAUGAACGCGAUCCACGAAGUCUACCGAAUUGCCAAGGCUCAAACCCUGAUUGCCCUUUGCAGUACGGUUCCAGGCUACUGGUUCACAGUGGCGUUCAUCGACAUAAUGGGAAGAUUUGCAAUCCAACUAAUGGGAUUCUUCUUCAUGACAGUAUUCAUGUUCGCUGUCGCCAUUCCUUACCACCACUGGACCCUAAAGGAAAAUCGCAUCGGGUUCGUGGUAAUGUACGCUCUCACAUUUUUCUUCGCCAAUUUCGGGCCCAACGCCACCACAUUUGUCGUGCCGGCUGAAAUUUUCCCAGCAAGGUUGAGGUCUACCUGCCACGGAAUAUCAGCUGCAGCGGGGAAAGCCGGCGCCAUUGUUGGAGCUUACGGGUUUCUGUAUGCAGCACAAAACAAAGACAAAGCUAAGACAGAUGCUGGUUACCCACCGGGUAUUGGAGUCAAGAAUUCGCUCAUUGUUCUUGGAUGCAUCAACGCACUUGGAAUGCUUUGUACUUUUGCAGUUCCUGAGGCGAAGGGAAAAUCCCUGGAAGAGGCUUCCCAAGAAACUGUCGAAGACGAUGAGGCAGAAGGAGUUUGAACUGUGGGAAUCCAUCGUCAUCAAGACAGCUGAAUGAAAGAAGAUUAUGUCAAUUUGUGCUGAAUUGGUAAUUAUAUACCUCCAAGUGUGCUUUUCUCCGAUUAUAUUUAAUUUUCAUGAUUAAUAAUUACACUUGUUCAUGUUUGCUUUUGGGAUUUUCUAAUCCCAAGACAACUAUAUACAGUGUUAACUAAUUGGUUCUGUCAUUUAAUUUGAUUCAGACUAUAAGUUGUUCAUCAUUGUGUAUUCGAUCUUUUUGUAUUGGGCCUGAAAUAUUUCAUUUAUAUCUUAUUUUGGUA